AUGUCCAACUUCCUUUCUGGAAGGAGACUGUAUCGAUGGAUAAACUUUUCCGCUGGCCUUGCUAUAUUCUUCUUCGGUUAUGAUCAAGGGAUGAUGGGAGGAGUGAACACCUCUCCAGACUAUGUUCGUGUCAUGGGUUUGGGAACUUCUUCGUACGAAGGACCUUCUGAAGGAUAUGUUGUUAACAUUACUGAACCCACCAAGCAAGGUGGAAUCGUUAGCAUCUACUACUUUGGUACCCUCAUCGGAUGUGUUCUAGCGGGCAGUCUAGGUGAUAGGAUGGGGCGCAUCAAAACAAUGUACAUUGGUUGCCUUUGGAUCAUGUUUGGCGCUGCGCUUCAGUGUUCUGCGCAGAAUAUAGCAUGGAUGCUCUGUGCACGAGUGAUAAACGGUAUCGGAACAGGAUUUCUCAAUGCUAUCGUUCCCGUCUGGAGUGCGGAGGUGGCCACUCACACAUCAAGAGGCGCCUUCAUAUCCUUAGAAUUUACCCUCAAUAUUUUGGGUGUCGUUGUGGCUUACUGGUUAGAGUUCGGCCUUGGCUUUGUCGGCGACGGUCGUUCGCAGGUCAGAUGGAGAUUUCCUAUCGCCUUUCAGAUCAUACCUGUGAUAAUGUUUAUGGUCUCUUUGCUCUGGAUGCCUGAGUCCCCGAGAUAUCUCGCCAAAAUCGGUCGUGUUGAAGAUGCUAGAAAAAUAUUGCACCGCUUACGAUCAACAGACGAUCACGACAAUUCGUCAGAUGAGAAGCUUCACCACGUCGCGGAUCAGGAGCUGAACGAUAUCCUGCAAGUUAUCUCGCUCGAGAAGAAACACGCGAAGAUGAACAAUUAUUGGAAUAUGUUCUGGGGUAUUGGUUCAGGGGAUUUACAUAUCGCUAGGAGAGUUCAGCUAUCGAUCUGGUUGCAAAUUGUUCAGGAAUGGGUAGGUAUAGCUGCUAUCACUGUAUAUGCACCUACUAUCUUUGCCGAAGCUGGAUAUGGUGCUAGGAAAGCACAGUGGUUAUCCGGGUUGAAUGACGUCACCUACAUGAUUGCUACAUUAUGGAAUGUUCUCCUUAUUGAUAAGUGGGGCCGUCGAGUUGGAUUAUGGUGGGGAGCCAUUGGGCAAGGUAUAGCCUUGAUCCUUGCCGGAGCCUUCGCUCGUCUGUUAAAAGAUAAUCCUGAAAAAGCGGCGCAGUAUGGUGGCGCGGCCGCCUUCUUUGUCUUUCUGUAUACAGCAAUAUUUGGCGCUACCUGGCUUGCUAUUCCCUGGGUAUAUCCUACCGAGAUUUAUCCACUUGAAGUGCGUGCUAAAGGCAAUGCUUGGGGCGUCGUUGGUUGGAGCAUCGGAAACGGCUGGCUCACGCUCCUGAACCCCAUCAUGUUCAACAAGAUCGGGGAAAACACUCUACAUAUAUUUGGAGCCGUUAACUUCUUGACAAUUCCUAUGGUAUGGGCACUGUACCCAGAAACUGCUAAUCGAACACUGGAAGAGAUGGACUUAUUAUUUGCCAGCAAAAGUCCCUUUGUUUGGGCCGAGGAAAAGAACUUUCGCAGGCUCAAAGCUGAGAUGGAGGCAAGUGGAAAAGGAAUCGAAGAAGUUGUCGAGGGUGCAGAAGUUACUGAAGUUUUGAAUGAGGAUUUAGAUGCGAAAGCCUAA